AUGCUAAGAAGAGUAUUGUCUUGCGUGACUCGAACUUGCAAUUAUUCACACCAUCUCAAGCAACAGCCGUUUGUUUCGAUCAAAAGUUUUCAAUUAGCCCAACGCUCUGAUUCACACUUGCGAACAAUGUCUACUAGUUCCAUUGCAUCUCAGUUGGAAAAAAUGUCCAUCCAGGAGCCUCCAGUCUCUGAGGGCUCUUUUCCACAAGUCAAUGUCGUUGACCUCAUGAGAAACUACAUCACUGUCGAGCUAUCUAAGAUUUCCGGCGUGGACGCCAAAUUGAUCUACCCAGCUUUGGAAUGGACCAACACUCUAGAUAGAGGUGACCUUUUGAUCCCAGUACCCAGAUUGCGUAUCAAGGGUGCCAACCCAAAGGAUCUCGCUAUUGAAUGGUCCGAAAAAUUUCCGCUUGGCGAUUUCUUGUCUAAAGUUGAAGCCAAUGGACCAUUUGUGCAGUUCUUCUUUAGACCUGACUUAUUGUUCAAAGUGGUGCUUCCAGAUAUCUUGGCCAGAAAGGAACAAUAUGGUUCCGCUCCUUUGGUUGAAAACAAGAAGGUGGUCAUCGAAUUCUCGUCUCCAAAUAUUGCCAAACCUUUCCACGCCGGUCAUUUGAGAUCCACAAUUAUUGGUGGGUUUUUGUCCAAUCUAUACGAAAAGUUGGGUUGGGAAGUUGUCAGACUGAACUACUUGGGUGACUGGGGAAAACAAUUUGGUGUUUUGGCUGUUGGUUUCGAGAGAUACGGAUCUGAGGAAGCGCUAGAAAACGACCCUAUCAAACACUUGUACGACGUCUACGUUCGUGUCAACAAAGAUAUUGAAGCUGAAGGUGAUUCUCUACCAGAACAGGAGUCUACUCAUGGGUUGGCUCGUGCUUAUUUCAAAAAAAUGGAAGAUGGAGACGAAGCCGCGUUGAAGAUCUGGAGACGUUUCCGUGAAUUGUCCAUUGACAAAUACAUUGAGACUUAUGCUCGCUUGAACAUUCACUAUGACUCUUACUCUGGCGAAUCACAAGCAUCGAGAGAGUCAAUGAAUAAAGCUCUUGAAAUGUUCGCCGAAAAGGGCCUAACUCACGAGGACAAAGGUGCGCUAUUGAUUGAUUUGACUAAAUUCAAUAAGAAGUUGGGCAAGACCAUUGUUCAAAAGUCGGAUGGUACAACUUUGUACAUGACCAGAGAUGUAGGCACUGCUAUUGACCGUUAUGAAAAAUAUCAUUUCGACAAGAUGAUUUACGUCAUUGCUUCUCAACAGGAUUUAUACACCGCGCAAUUAUUCGAAGUUCUGAAGCAACUAGGCUACGAAUGGGCAAAGGACUUGUUGCAUAUCAACUUUGGUAUGGUUCAAGGUAUGUCUACUAGAAGAGGUACUGUCGUGUUUUUGGAUAAUAUUCUAGAAGAAACUAAAGACAAGAUGCACGAUGUUAUGAAAACCAAUGAGGUCAAGUAUGCUCAAAUUGAAAAGCCUGACGAAGUUGCCGACUUGGUAGGUAUUUCUGCUGUCAUGAUCCAGGAUAUGCAAGCCAAACGUAUUAAUAACUACGAAUUCAAAUGGGAAAGAAUGACUUCUUUCGAAGGUGACACUGGUCCUUAUUUGCAAUAUGCGCACUCUAGAUUGAGAUCAGUGGGUAGAAAUGCAUCUGAAAUCACUGAAGAAAUGUGCAUGAAUGCUGAUUUCUCUUUGUUGAAAGAGCCUGUCGCUGAGACUUUGGUUCGUCUGCUGGGUCAAUACCCUGAUGUAUUGAGAAACGCCGCAAAGACCCACGAACCUGCCACUGUCGUGACAUACCUGUUCAAGCUAACACACCAAGUUUCGUCGUGCUACGAUGUAUUGUGGGUCGCUGGUCAAACCCCAGAGCUAGCUGCUGCUCGUCUGGCCUUGUACGCUUCUGCGAGACAAGUGCUGUACAACGGUAUGACUUUGUUGGGUUUGACUCCUGUGGACAGAAUGUGA